AGGACGCCUGCCCGUGCCGCGAACUCCUCGGCGCCGCGCGGAGGGCAAGGGGAGGCCCCAUGCUGGCGAGUGCGUCCGCGGGCGACGCUGCUGGACUCGGCGCCCCGCUGCCGAACAGCGGCCCAGAGCCCGCUGUGCUCGGACGCCGACCUGAGCUGCGGCCAGAGUCAGCAGAGGCCGCGCUGGGCGCCACGCCGCGCGAGGGCGAGGCGGGCCCAGCGUCCGAGCUUCCCCGGCAGCCGCGGGAGGGCGGCGCGAGACCCCGCUUCGAGUGGCCGCCAGCGCUGGCCGUGCUCUCUGGCUGGGGCCUCGCUUGUGCUGCGGGCGCCGCCGCGGGACGCGCGUGCUCGAGCGACCCGGGGCUGGAGCCGCACGCCGUGUGGUGGGGAUAUGCCGCUGGAUGGCUGCCGCACGCUGUGCUGGCUGCGUGGUGCGUCGGCCGGCGUCGCGCCUUCAGCUGGGGGCUGGUGCUGCACGCGUGGACGUGGCGCUACGGCGCGUGCGGCGCGGCCUACGCCGCGGCCGGCCCGCUGGACUUCUGGCUGAAGCCCUGUUACCCGGACGCUGCGGUCUAUGUGCUCGUGUUCUGGAACUUGCCUUUCUUUGGCGCAGGGAAGGCGAUCUCCGUCGGCCUGGUCGUCAUGAAGGUGAGGGCUCUGGGGCACCCCUGGCUGCCGCGCUUCCUGAAUUGCUGCCUGUCCGGCCAGCUCCUCUGCGGGGCCAUCUUCGUCGGCGCCAACUACCUACAGGAUUUCCAGGCCGACGGGCCGCUGAAGAGCGCCCUGGACAUGGUCGUCGUGGGCUCUUUCGGAGCCCUGGGAGUGGCCUUCCUGGCCGGUGCCUCGUGGGGUCUGGCCGCCCCCGCCGCGCGCGCGGCGCGCUCCAGCGACGCGGCGAUCAGGCGCGCCGCGGCCUGGGGGGCUCUGACCGCCGCAGCCUUCUGGCUCGCCAUGGCCACCUUCAUGCUGAGGGUAGCCGCGCUCUGGAACGAGACCCCAGAAUUUACCUCAGAAUUCCAAAUGGCCAACAUCUUGGACAACCUCUUCGACUGCCUCGCCGUCUCGCUCUUGUCGGGCCUCGUGGGGCCGCCCAGCCUGAGGCGUCUGGCGGAGGACGCCUUCGAGGCCAUCAACUCCUACACGGAGGUCCGGCUGCAGGAAUGUUACGAGCGCUACCUCGCCUACCUCGACGAUGUGGAGGUCAAGUGGGUGCGCCUGCGCUUCCUCCGACGGCUUCUCGCAGAGGGGCGCAUCUUGCCCAGGAGCCAGGAGGUGCCCGCGUCCGAGGCCGCGCUCGGCAGCGAAGGAUUCCCCCGCAACAGGGGCCAGCAGAAGCACCGGUUCGUCACCUCGCACCCCUGGCUGUCCAAGGAGCACCCCGACCCUGCGGGGACGAAGCUCAGAGCUCUGGUGGAGCAGCUGGACGCCCUCGGCGCCGAGGAGGAGGAUGGGGUCUUUCUCGACUGGAUGAGCUUGCCGCAGCACAACCAGCUGGACGAGGACCUGGCGCGCCUGGACAAAGAGGGCAAAUGGCCCUUGCCUGGGACGCAUCCGGCUGUUCGCACAGUGGCGGAGGAGGCGCGCUUCAAGAAGGCCUUGGACUCCAUGGAGACGAUGUACAGCGUCGGCAGCACGCCCGUCGUCGUCUUGCCCAUGGAGGAGGAAGUGGAACGCGGACGAGAGUACAUCUCCCGCGGGUGGUGCCUGCUGGAGUUCAGCCUCGCGCUGAGCUUCGGUAACAUAGCCAACGCCGAGGUCCACCCCGAGGUGCGGCGGCUAAGUGAAAGCGUCACCGCGAUGAAGGGGAACACCGUGGCAGGGUUCCGAAAGACCUUCAAGAGCACUCACUUCACAAAUUCUGGCGACAGGAAGGUGGUGCUGCGCCUGUUCGAGCAGACGUUGGCCAAGGCGGCGUGAGAGCCCCGCAGUCCAGCGGUCCCAGUGCAUCGCCGACUCUGUCCCGCCCGCCUGGCGGCCUCAUCCCUCCCUCCAUCCCUCAGUCCUCUUCCCUCCGUCUGCCCUCCUCGUCCUCCUCAGUCCUUCUCCAAUUCCUCCUCCUCCUUCUCCUCCUUUCUGUGGCCUUCAAGGUCGGGGCAUGGAGACUGCCUUGCCUAUGUGUACACGCUUUGUCAGAGCAGCGACCUUCAUCGAAGGCUCUGGCCCGGUCAGGCAAGCACCCUGUCUGGUCACCGUCUUUCUUGCCCGCAUCUGUGCUGCCUUCCCUUGCCUGGCUGCCCCCGUCAUCUCGGCUCGUAACUGCUUGGGAACAGCGGCUGUGAGUGCAGGAAUGCACUAUCGUCGACCGGUUGCGCGCGGGAUGAGGGACCCAGAAGU